GAAUCAGAAUACAAAGUCAAUCAGUGGUCAUACAAAAUGGAAUUGGGAAUAGUUGUAACAGUUAUGGCGUUUAUAGGGACCAUCAACGCGUUUGGGCCUAAAAUGGGACCAUACGAUAUAAAUAUUGAAAAGUUUGAGCCAUGCGAAGAUCAAGGUACGGGCCAGAUUACCUUCCCCACCAGACUGAACUCUGCCGGCAAAGGAAGGAAGGUAUACCACGAGAGCUUCACUUUGGGGGUGCCCAUCGACGACAAAACUAAGGUUGAAGUCGAGAUUCAAAAGUUUGGAAACGGCGGGUGGAGGCCGAAGUUCAUACAGUACACCAUGAAAAACUGCAAAGCUAUUUGGAAAAUGGUCGGCUCCGAAAUCAUUGCAAUAGGAAAAGCUUCAAACAACUCCCUCGAAAGUUGCCCGGUUCCCGCGGGAGUGUACAACGUGGACAACUGGGAAAUGAGUCUGAACCUUGAGAAAAACAUUCCCACCAUGGAAUAUGGGAAGUAUAGAGGGUUCUUUAAAUUCCACUACAAUACAGACUUUGUCGGCUGUAUCAUCGGUUACGGUGAAUGUCUGCCUAAAGAGACGAAAAGCUAAAAUGAAAACCAACUGAUUAACCAAGACUAGCAGAAGUGGAGACUAUAGUUUGUGUAAUGGAACCUGUCCCCCGUCUACCUAAGGACUGCCCAGGAGACUGGUUAUGGUUGAUGUGUUAUGAACAUUUAACA